CCCUAAUAUUAAAAUUGUAUUACGACAACCUCCUCACAUACUACCUCUACCUCCCUCUCUAAUGGCGUCUCUUCUUCACUCUACUCCUUCUCCUACCUCUCUCUUUCCAAUCAACCCCUCUCGCUCUCGCUAUCGCUUCGCCUCUCCUUCCCGAUACCAAAACGCCGUUAGGUGUAAUGUGGUGGAACCGUUGAAAUACGAGAACGGAAGGCCUCGAAUUCCGCUUCUCAGCGGCCCCGAAAUGGCGCUUCCGAAUAUGUUGGCACCCAGAAUGAAUUUGGAGAAUGCGAUGAACAGGAACGAUACUAGACUAAGAAUCUUCUCCGGCACGGCGAAUCCUGCGCUGUCUCAGGAAAUUGCAUGCUACAUGGGUCUGGAACUUGGAAAGAUCAAGAUUAAGCGUUUUGCCGAUGGAGAGAUAUAUGUUCAGUUGCAAGAGAGUGUUCGAGGGUGUGAUGUAUUCCUUGUGCAACCCACUUGCCCUCCAGCAAAUGAAAAUCUCAUGGAGCUUCUGAUAAUGAUCGAUGCUUGUCGAAGGGCUUCGGCUAAAAACAUCACUGCGGUGAUUCCAUAUUUUGGAUAUGCCAGGGCUGAUAGAAAGACCCAAGGGCGUGAAUCCAUUGCUGCCAAACUUGUUGCAAAUUUGAUAACAGAAGCAGGUGCAAAUCGGGUUCUUGCUUGUGAUCUUCAUUCUGGGCAGUCCAUGGGCUAUUUUGAUAUUCCCGUUGAUCAUGUAUAUGGUCAGCCUGUAAUACUCGACUAUCUUGCAAGCAAGACUAUAUGUUCUGAUGAUUUGGUGGUGGUCUCACCGGAUGUCGGGGGAGUUGCUAGGGCACGUGCUUUUGCAAAAAAGUUAUCUGAUGCUCCUCUAGCCAUCGUGGAUAAAAGGCGUCAUGGGCACAAUGUUGCUGAGGUUAUGAAUUUGAUAGGUGACGUGAAAGGAAAAGUAGCAGUGAUGGUAGAUGACAUGAUCGACACAGCUGGGACUAUUUCCAAAGGUGCAGCUUUGUUACAUCAAGAAGGCGCCAGGGAAGUCUAUGCAUGCACUACACAUGCUGUUUUUAGCCCUCCUGCAAUAGAGAGGUUGUCAAGUGGUUUAUUUCAAGAGGUGAUCAUAACAAAUACCAUUCCAGUGUCAGAACGGAACUAUUUUCCGCAGCUCACUAUUUUGUCAGUAGCAAAUCUUCUUGGAGAGACCAUAUGGCGUGUUCAUGACGACUGUUCUGGUGGCUAUGAACCUUAUUCCACCUUGGGCAUUGACUGAUUGAUCCAAGAUGGUGGCGUGCCCCCUCCCUCCCAGCAUAUCCCCUACUCCGCCAUUAACUACCUCGUUGGGGUAUGAGAUGUUCAGUAACAAAACCAAAAGCUUUGUAGAGAAGAGACACUGGUGCUCGUUAGUUUGUUGGUUGUUCUAAAACUGUACAAUUGUGAGAAUGAUGGACAGACAGACACUCUUAAGUAGGAGCGUUAAGCCGUCAAAGAAAACUAUAGGUAAAAGAAAUUGUGUUUUGUAUGUUUCUUUCUACAAGUGAUGUUACUUUUCCUUCUUGAUUUUUUGGUUAUAGAUACUGAAAUCCUCGAUGAACAUAUGCUCAGUCAGGUUCAUCUUAAUAACAAAUCUCUUUGGUCUUCA